AUGUGUAGCCCAACCUGGGACGAACACGCCAGUUAUGCUUCGGUUGUGACUAUCAUUGGGCUUCUCACGCCCCUCGGAUUCAUGAUAUUUUCUUAUGCGCGUGUCAUUCAAGUUGCCCGUAAACAAGCAAGGCGGAUUGCUGAUAUUCAGAUGUGUGUAGCACAGGGGAGUGAGAAACCACGGAUUGCUGUCAUCGGUGAUGAGGCGACGGAUGACAAGCAAGGGUGUCCAGCCGCGAAGACGCGUGAGGACAAACCACGUUCUUCCGUCAAAAAAAGGAAUACGCUGCGCCAGAAUCUGAAGACACUGAAGACUGUAUUUAUUGUCAUAGGGACGUUCUUCAUAUGCUGGGCCCCCUACGUCUUCCUCAACCUCUGGGCCGUCAACAACGACAGCAAAACAGUCCCGUACGCCGCGGACUUCCUGACAACAUUACUAGCUUUCAGCAACAGUUCUGUUAAUCCAUACAUCUUCGCCUUACUAAACCGAGAUUUCAGGAACGCUUGGAAGGAUAUCUUCAUGAUGGUCCGUGGGUCCAGGUUUAGGCCGCGUAGAGAUAGUUUUCUCCGGUUACAGUCGGAGUUACGGGGUUCGAAAAUAACAAUCAUGGAAUUCUCGCAGCGCGAUUCUGGUAGCGAGAUUAUUUCUGUAGCCUCGUUUUCGCGUCACCGGAAUGAUUCUGUUGACGUCAGAGAGGCUGAGGUAGUUUGUACCGUCAAGAUCUCGUCAACUGUUGAAGCACGUACGAAAGGAGGGAUAUCGGACACAAACAAUGUUGCAGGGACAAAAAACUGUGAUGAUAUUCAUAUACCGGGUCAGGUUGACUAA